GUCCCGUUGGCCUAUUCUUAGCCAAUGAAUUGGCCGAAUUCGAUAUCAGUUUCCGUAUCAUUGAAAAGAAAUCUGUGGGAAAAAAAAACAUUCCCAACAUUGAAUUCGGCACGGAACUAAUAAAGUACGAAGAUAAGGGUGAUCAUGUCAUCGUUAUUAUAAAAAAGCACAAUGUGGAAGAAGAAAUUAUAUGUAAAUAUUUAGUAGGAUGUGAUGGUUGUCAUUCUGCCGUCAGAAAAGGAAUAAAGGAUUGGACUUUUGAAGCUGACGUAGAAAUUGAUCAUGAAUUGCUUAAAUACGACCAUGCAACUGCUUUCCCAGUUAAUGAUGGGCCUAUUGCGAUUAUACCAUUGGAUGCUAGAAAAAAUACUUACCGUAUCAUUGCCAAAAUUUCUGAAGAAGAGAAUAAACCUGAAACUAAUGAUCACGUUACGCAUGGUCUCACAAAUUAUGCACAUAUUACGCUGGAAGAGUUGCAGAAACUGUUUGAUGAGAAAAUUGCCCCGAUUAAAAUGGAACUAAAGAAUCCAGUAUGGAUUUCCAAUUUCAAGAUUAACGAAAGAAUUGUAAAUAGAUAUAGAACAGGAAAUGUGUUCGUCGCUGGAGAUGCUGCUCACUGUCAUUCGCCAUUUGGUGGUCAAGGCAUGAACUUAGGAAUUCAAGACGCUCAUAAUUUGGCAUUCAAAUUGGCUCUAGUUAUUAGAGGUCAGGCAGCUGACGCUAAUAUACUUCUUGAUAGUUAUGAAAAAGAACGGUACCCCGUUGGUAAAAGUGUUGUUGAAGGUACCGGUUUUGCUACAAAAAUGUUGGCUGCUAAUGAUUUUAUUAGCACAUUCCUCCGAACGCGCGUUGUUCCUUUAAUGUUCCAAUUCUUCCCCCAAACUGCAUUUAAAUUCCAAACCAAUUUGUUCCAAACCGAUCUUAAUUACUUGCCCGAAUCUUCCGAAAUUCUUCACAAGUAUGCAUCUCGCUCAAGCACUGAAAACAAAUUGAUCAAAGCAGGUCAUUACGUACAAGAUGGAUUAUUAAAGAAAAUUACCCCUGAUAAAAGUCAUGAACGUAUAACUAUGUUUGAUGUCUUUCGUUCAACCGCAUUGAAGCAUACCUUAAUCCUCUUUACCCUAGCCGAGGGUGUUACUUCUGAUUGCAAUCCGCUUAUUAAAACUCUAUUGGAGAUAUACACUGAUUAUAAAAAUACUAUCACACCCGUUAUCAUUUCAUAUGAAGGCGCCGUACAGACUGCUGAUAUACCAUUCAUGCCAUUCUUAAAAGAGGUCAGAGAGCGUCAUAUAUUUAUGGAAUCAAAAUUCGAAUUGCAUGAAAAAUAUGGCAUUACGAAAGAAAUUGGGAAGCAGGGUUUCGUACUUGUUAGACCUGAUUUGUAUGUUGCUAGCGCAGUGUUUGAAGAUGAUGUUGAUAAACUAAAGGACUUUUUAGAAGGAUAUUUGGUCAAGGCAGAUGGUUUAUAA